AUGGGUAAGAAAUCUAAGAAAAAUUCCCAAAAUUAUUGGGACGAAGAUUUUGAAAAUGAUUUAAGUGAACAAAAAUCACAAACUGAAGAAUUAGGUUCUUCCGCACCUCAAACUGAAGAAACUACACCAGCUCCUUCUGCUGAGCUAGAUACUGCCACCACUGCUGGUGCUGAUGAUAUCGAAGCAGAUUUUAUGUCAACUUUGAAAAAAUCCAAGAAAAAGAAAAAGGAAAAGGGUGAUGAAGGCCUUGAUACUGCAUCAACUGCUGGUAAACCUGUUUUAAAAUCUAAGAAGGAAAAAGAAAGGGAAAAAAAAGAAAAGGAAAAACAAAAAAAAAAGGAACAAGCUGCCAAAAAGAAAAAUGGUGCUAAAGUUACAAAUAAAACUGUAACGCCCACAAAGACUGUGCCUGAAGAAACAAAACAAUCAGAAACAGAUGACACAGUGACUUCUGCUCCAUCUAAGAAAUCGAAGAAAAAAGUUCCAGCGGGAUUAGCUGCUUUGAGACGUCAAUUAGAAUUAAAGAAACAAUUGGAAGAAGAAGAGAGGUUAGCAAGGGAAGAAGAAGAAAGAUUAGAAAAAGAGGAGGAAGAAAGAUUAGAAAAAGAAUCUAAGGCCAAAGAGGAAGAGAAAAAAUUGAAAAAGGAAAAGGAAAAGGCUAAACGUGAAAGAUUAAAGGCGGAAGGUAAAUUACUGACUAGAAAACAAAAAGAGGAAAAAAAACUACUAGAGAGAAGAAGAGCUGCUUUAUUAUCUGCUGGUAACAUUAAAGUUGCUGCUUUGGAAAAAAAAGAAGGUUCUGCUGAUGUUGAUACCAGCAAAGAAAAUACUCUCAAGCCAAAGAAAGUUGUCUAUGGUAAAAAGAAGAAGGGUAAAUCCAAAGAGGAUUUAGAAAAAGAAGAGUUUGAAAAAAAGAUGAAAAAAUCCGAGGAAAAUGCUGCUGCCGCCAAGAAACAACAGCAAGAACAGGAAGAAGAAGACGAGGCUUUAAUUGAUGAUUGGGAAAAUUUAGCUUUAGAUGAGGAUGAAGCUACUGGGCCAACUGAAGAGGAAUUAGAAGAAGCAGAAGAGGACCAAAUGUUUGAACAGGAACUAUCUGAAGUUUCUACUAAUAAAACUGAGGAAUUACCUAAAACCCCAGUAUCCAGAGAAGCCACGCCAAGCGCUGCAGGCUCUAAAUAUGAAGUUAUUGCCCCAAAAAAGAAGAUUAUUCCCCACAAAGAUUUACGUUCUCCUAUUUGUUGUAUCUUGGGUCAUGUCGAUACAGGUAAGACCAAAUUAUUAGACAAAAUUAGACAAACAAAUGUUCAAGGUGGUGAAGCAGGUGGUAUUACCCAACAAAUCGGUGCUACUUACUUUCCAAUUGAUGCUAUUGAACAAAAAACCGCAGUUAUGGCUAAAUAUGAAGAGCAAACGUUUGAUGUUCCAGGUUUAUUGGUCAUUGAUACUCCGGGCCACGAAUCUUUUACUAACUUACGUUCCAGAGGUUCUUCUUUAUGUAAUAUUGCCAUUUUGGUUAUUGAUAUCAUGCAUGGUUUAGAACAACAAACCAUCGAAUCCAUAAGGUUAUUGAGAGAUAGAAAGGCUCCAUUUGUUGUUGCUUUAAACAAAAUCGAUAGAUUGUAUGACUGGCAAUCCACACCAAACAAUUCUUUCAGAGAUUCUUUUGAAAAACAACCAAGAGCUGUCAAACAAGAGUUUGAAACCAGGUUGGAAUCUAUUAAGGUAGCUUUGGCCGAACAAGGUUUAAACUCCGAACUAUACUUCCAGAACAAGAAUAUUACUAAAUACGUAUCUAUUGUUCCAACCUCGGCUGUUACCGGUGAAGGUGUUCCAGAUUUAUUGUGGUUAUUACUAGAGCUAACCCAAAAGAGGAUGUCCAAACAAUUGAGGUAUGUAUCUGACGAUAUUGAAGCAACUGUCUUGGAAGUUAAAGUCAUUGAAGGUUUUGGUACUACCAUUGAUGUUAUUUUAUCUAAUGGUACUUUGAAGGAGGGUGAUAGAAUUGUGCUUUGUGGCUUGAAUGGACCAAUCGUAACAACCAUCAGAGCCUUAUUAACACCACAACCAUUGCGUGAAUUGCGUUUAAAGAGUGAGUAUGUUCACCAUAAGGAGGUUAAAGCAGCUUUGGGUGUUAAAAUUGCUGCCAAUGAUUUAGAAAAGGCUGUUUCUGGAUCCAGAUUAUUGGUUGUUGGCCCAGAUGAUGACGAAGAAGAUUUAAUGGACGAUGUUAUGGAUGAUUUGACAGGAUUAUUGGAUUCUGUAGACAACACAGGUAAGGGUGUUGUUGUCCAAGCUUCUACUCUAGGUUCUUUAGAAGCAUUGUUGGAUUUCUUAAAAGACAUGAAGAUUCCGGUUAUGUCGAUUGGUUUGGGUCCUGUCUAUAAACGUGAUGUCAUGAAAUGUGCCACAAUGCUGGAAAAAGCCAAAGAAUAUGCGGUUAUGUUAUGUUUUGAUGUUAAGAUUGAUAAAGAAGCUGAACAAUAUGCUGAGGAACAAGGUAUUAGGAUCUUUAAUGCGGAUAUUAUUUAUCAUUUGUUUGAUUCAUUUACAGCUUAUCAAGAAGAGUUGAAAAACAAACGUCGUGAAGAAUAUAGUUCUCAAGCUAUUUUCCCAUGUGUAUUGAAUACCAUUCAAAUUAUUAACAAGCGUGGUCCAAUGAUUAUCGGUGUUGAUGUUGUUGAAGGUAUAUUGCGUAUUGGCACUCCAAUUUGUGCUGUUAAAAUUGAUCCAACCAAUAAACAAAAACAAACUUUGUUAUUAGGUAGAGUGGCUUCUUUAGAAAUCAAUCAUGAACCUGUUACAGAAGUCAGGAAGGGUCAAACUGCUGCUGGUGUUGCUAUGCGUUUGGACGAUCCUUCUUCUCAGCAACCUAUUUGGGGCCGUCAUGUAAAUGAAAAAGAUACUUUAUACUCUAUGAUUUCCAGAAGUUCCAUUGAUACUUUGAAAGAUCCGGUUUUUAGAGAUCAAGUUCCAAAGGGAGAUUGGUUAUUAAUUAAGAAAUUAAAACCUAUCUUUGAUAUUGAGUAG